AUGGAGACGGGACAGAGCUCGCGGUUCUCGUGGCCCCUAGAAGACUCCCUCGGGAGGCGCGAAGCUUCCCGUUCUUCGCGUCUCUCUCUCCUUCCGUCUCCGUCUUCUUCUCACGUCUCCUCUCAUGCAUCCGUCUCUGUUCCUUCGGCUCGAAGAGGAAGGGAAACCGAGACACGUUGUGUGUCCGGAGGAGACGUCAAACGCUUCUUUCUCUCUCCCCUCACCUCCUCUCCUCUCAGCCUAGAUCUUGUUACCCCUGAGGUGAAUGCGCCUCCCCAAGACUCCUCUUCCUCUUCUUCCUCUUCUUCUGCUUUGCCUGCGCCCCCGUUCUCUUCUUUUCUUUCUUCGUUUUUUACACCCUCGACUCUGUUUGCCUCUCCUCGCCGCCGCACCUCCAGGGAUGGCGCUUCUCCCUCGCGCGGAGACCGUCUGCGGUCGCCUGUCUCGGCGCAUGGAGAAACCUCCUCUAAGACCUCGAGAAAUCUCCUGACGCCUGCGGCCCAAGCGCCUGUGUCACCUCCCUCCUCCAACCCGCUCUUUCUGCGCGAUGCCCCAGAGACUGUCUCCGCGCCAGAGACUGUCUCGAGCGCCGGCGCGCCCGUGUCUCUUCGUGCCGGGGACGCGUCUCCUCUUCGGCUGUCUUUUGGAGACCCAAGUAAAGGGGGAGAAGUGCCUGUGCAUGUAUCGGGCGGUCACGGGGAAGCGCAUCUCGGUGAGGAGGCUGACGCAUCUCUCGCAAAUCUGCACGAAUGUGUCGACACCCCUCAACCUCCGUCGUCUGUUCCGCUGUCUCCUGCCGUGGCAUCGGUCGGGCCUCUGGAGUGUCUCGAGGUUCAGGAAACUCCCGCGAGGACGCCCCAUUCUCUCGACGCACCUCUCGCGUCUUCUCUUUUCGCUCUCUCGCACCUCCCGCCUGUCGCUCUGCCUUCGCAAAGUGUCCCUCCUUCCGCAGGCGAAACGCCUCCCGCCCCGGCCUCUCCGGGCCUUGCGGUCUCCUCUGCGCCUCGCGGCGAGCGCUGCAACCGCUGCGCGGCAGGCGCGAAGCGAAGAAGCCAGUGCAGCGGUGUCUGUACAGUGGACACGCGCGUCUGUCUGUCGUGCGCACUCGCCUUUCUCACGUCGAUCUCCCUCGAAGAAAAGACAGUCGGCGCGGAAACGUACCCGCAGGGCGCCGUCCCCGGUGUCUCCGCGCCGGGGCGCAGCGCGGAGACAGUCUCUGGGGCCGGCCCGCUGGCGCACGCAGGUGUCUCGGCGCCUGCGUCGCCGGAUGCGGUCGUGUGUCUCUCGAGUCAGGAGACGCGGUUGCUCCUGGAGGAAGAAGCCAAAGAGGCUGCACAGGCUCGGCGGCAUCGCCUGCUGGGGGGUGGAGACGCAGCAGAGACUGUCGAGAACUUUUUGUUUCUGCUGCAUGCGCUUCAGACGGCGUCGCCGGCAGAGCGGACGGAAGCGCAGGCGCAGCUCCUCCAGUUCCUCAGGGAAGGCGAACUGGGUCUCGCGCGCGCUCUGCUCGACCGGGUGUAUGCGGGGACACCGGGGCGCGACAGCCGCAUGGACAGUGCGGAGACGCACGCAAGGCCUUUCUCUUCCCAGCGCGGAGCUGAAAGCGUUCGCGUCAUCGUCGGCUACCAGGCCGCAUGCGUCGCGUGUUUCUCGCAGAUCCGCGACGCCUCCUCAGGUCCGCGAGCGGCCGGAGUCGCCCCGGAGCCCAGCCGGCGAAUGCUCGCGGGACCGGGCGCCGCGGGACCGAAGACAGGCGCGGAUUCGCGAGGAAAAGACAAGACGCCUCGGAGGCGAUCUCCUCGUCCCUCGUUUCUGGAAGCGAUCUUCUCCGCGUUUUCCUGGACGCGGACUCGUGACCGCCGAGUCGCGCAACGCCGACAGGGCCGCGCGGACGAAACCAAGAGGGGUUUGGAAGCAAGGCGGGGCGUCCCAGUCGGUGGCGAGAGUCCGCUCGAGAGCGCGGAUUCACGGGGUUUCUUUCUUCCGCGGCACGCGGCGCGCUUGCGCGGCGCGAAGCGAGACCGGGGCGAUCGGGAAGCCUCGCGAAGACUGCUCGCUUUCUUUCGAACACGGCUAGGCGACCGGCCCCGCGAAGAAGGUGCGCCAAGCGACCGCAGUUUCCAAAGGAAAUUCUCCAGAUGGAGACGCAAGAGGCCUCGCGACGCGCACUUCCUCGCGGGCGCGACGCCCAGCGGCCUGCGCAAGGCGAUGGGGCGAGGCGUCUCUGCGGCCAAGCGACGCCGGAGACGAGGCGUCUCCUACGCCCAGUUCCUCUUUCCUUCGCAGUUCUCCUACGACCCUUACGCCCUGGACAAUAUGCGCUUUCAACAGGGGCGACAUCAAACCGUCAUGUGCAUGCUGGGAUCGAGCGUCUCAGUCAUUCCCUACUUCCCUCCACACCAACUCAAGGAAGAACUCAAUCAACAGUUUCACAAGAUGCACCCUUCUGUUCAUCCCUCCAUGACGCUCUCCAAACUCAGAAGCCUCAAGCUCGACAUGUUCGCUUUGAUUGAACAGGAAGAGCAUCUCGAUGUCUCGACCGUCGCCUGUGCUUGGGUCUAUUUUGAGCGCCUCGUGCAGAUGGGUGCCGUCGACAAAACCGUCAGGAAGCUCUACGCCGGGGCGUGCCUGAUUCUCGCGUUCAAGUUCAACCAGAACGGCGAGCCCAAAAUCGUGCAGCGUCUCUGCGGACUCCUCAAGCACCUAGACCGCCAACGCGGCCUUCCGGCACAUGUGCUCUGUCAAGCGGAGUUCACGGUUUUCGGGCUCCUGGGUUUUUCACUCCAGCUGUCGAUCGAGCAUGUGCUACCGCACAUUCUUCACUAUCUGGAGUCGAAGGACACGGCAUUUGAAGAGGUCUACGGUUCACCGGAGACGGCCUUCUUCAGUGCGUAG